AUGAACGACAUACCAGAAAACCCAUUUGCAUCUACCCAUUCAUUGGAUACAAAUCCCUUCGAAGACCCUGUCUACCCCUCAUCGGCAUCUAGCAUCCACAAGGACGACCAUUCUGUACGGCUUGAAGAGCUCAACCAGCGAGAGCGGGAUCUCGAGCGGAGAGAGCAAGAAUUGACUCAGCAGUCCGAACACAUCAGGAGGUUUGGACGUAGCAACUGGCCGCCAUUUUACCCCCUAAUCUUCCACUCAAUUAAGGACGAAAUUCCCGAAGCCUCACGGCUAGUGAUCACCCGUCUCUACCAGCUAUGGCUUCUACUUCUGGGGACACUACUUAUCAACAUGAUUGCGUGCAUAUUCAUUCUCACUGGAGGGUCAAGUGGUGGUGGCAGCGAUUUGGGCUCGAGUAUCGGGUAUCUGAUCGUCAUUCCCCCGCUUUCGUUCCUAUUAUGGUACAGACCCAUCUAUAAUGGCUAUAUGAAGGAGCAAGCCCUAUAUUACUAUAUGUACUUCGUGUUCUGUGGUUUCCAUCUUCUGUACUCUGUGUACAUGAUUAUUGGAAUUCCAAGUACUGGUGCCGCCGGCAUCAUCCAGACCAUCAAGAUGUAUGUGGAUCAUCGCUGGGUAGCGGCUAUUCUAGGCACAAUCGCAACUGUGGGUUGGGUGUUACAAGGCGUUGGUCAAGGUCUCUACUAUCGUCAGAUAUGGACUCACCACAAAGCGGCCGGCCAUUCCAUCGAAAAAGCGAAGACCGAGCUGGCUACGCACGGAGCGAAGGCGUACUUCACGCGGGGUUAG